AUGUCCAAGACGCGCACUCGACGCAUGGUUGGACAGUUGCCAAGCAACGUGUUGGCCGCGUACGACAAGGUCAUUCAUCACCAGCUGAGUAAGAAUUACAUUGAACCGGUAUACGUGGAUGAUGUAAACAAAGGACAUUAUCUACCACAUCGAGCAGUUAAAUGCCCCGAAUCCGCAUCCUCUCCGAUACGCAUCGUUUAUGACUGUUCGGCAAAACUGGGAAAUGAUUUCCUUUCAUUGAAUAGCUGUCUGGAUACCGGCCCUCUGCUCUUAAAUGACCUCACCGCCAUACUUAUGCGGUUUCGCGCAAACCCAGUCGCACUCUUCAGUGACAUUGAGAAGGCGUUCUUACAGAUCAGACUCGCCGAAGAUGAUAAACAAUAUACUAAGUUCUUGUGGCUAUUCGAUCCCACAGAUAUAAAUAGCCCCUUCGUUACGUACCAAUUCACAUCAGUUUUAUUUGGCGCUAUGUGUAGCCCAUUUAUCCUGAAUGCUGCUAUCAAAACUUUGAUGAACAAUCAUAAUAAUAAUGACAGUGCUUCUGUUCGUGAUCUUCAACACAACAUAUACGUCGAUGACGUCGUCACAGUUGUGAUUUGA